UUUAUUAAUUGCCCUCCCUAAAAUAAUUAUCCUAUCUCUAUUAGUUACCCCUACAUCAAAGGUUGAAACAAUAAUUACCCUCCUAAAAAUAGUUAUAAUUUGCCUUCCUAAAAUAAACUCUAUUAGUUACCCCACCCCUAACAGUUACCCUCUCCAGAGAGAGUUUGAAACAAUAAUUACCCAGAGUAAUUAAUAGAGUAUCCUCUCUAUAAAAUAUAUUUUCCCUAUCAAAUCUCAAUUCUUAUUAUUUUAGUAAAUUUCAUGGGACCUCAAAUAUUCUAUUAGCCCAAUGUGCAUUUUAUGAAAUAAUACACGAAUUUGGAAUUUUAAUUAUGUUUUAUUUUAAUUUAAUGGGAAUUAAUUUCCUUACUUACACACAAACUGUUGCCGUAUUUUUUAUUCCAAUUUUUGCUGCUUCAGGGAUUGGACCUUUGUUUGUGUUUACUGGACUAGAUAGAAUGCUUUGUGUGAUAUUUCCGACAUUGUUUGGAUUUUUUAAAGUCCUCAAAAAAAUUUUUUUAGUCCAAACCAAAUACGUCCUCGUAUUUAUUUAACCCUAAUUUCUGUUAUCUGUGCUAGUUAUUGUGCUAUAUUUCCUGUUGGAUUUUACUGGUUUAACAAUAUUGACCCGGAUACUUUAGUUCCUCCAACAUUUAACGACAUAUUUUCUGUUAGUUUUUAUUUAAAUAUUUU